AAUUCCUCUCUAUCUCCUUAUCCGCACAAUCCUCCUCCUCCAUUUUUCUGGGUGUUCAGAGCUCACUCUCCUCCACUCAAAUGGCUCUGACCAUAACCAAUGGCGGCGCCGCUUGUGGCACCGGCGGGGGAAUUCUCUAUAGAACCUCCACCAGAACUCCUUCCAACCAAUUCCUUUUCCGUCGCAACGCGCUCUUUUCGCCGUCUAAAGAAGCCCGCACCCUCCAUGUCGUUCAUUCAAAGAAAUCCUCCUUCCGAAUUGGCCGAAUCGACAGUAAGAACCGGAGGAGCUCGACGCCAACCAAGGAACAGGAAGAACAACAAGAAGAUGAACGAAAUCGGAUGGCCGAAAUUGCUGAAAAUGCCGGUGUAGCGUUUGAUGUGGAUGAAAAUUUGCCGGAAUUGCCUGGGCUCCAGCCUGAUUUCUGGGAGGGUCAGCAGUGGGAUCCCCUCGGCUUCUUCCUCGAGUACUUGUGGGCCUUUGGCAUCGCUUUCGCGGUAAUUGCAUGUGGGAUUGCUGUCACUACAUACAACGAAGGAGCCACUGAUUUCAAGGACACGCCUGCAUACAAAGAAUCAGUUCAAACUCAAGAGAUAUUAGAAGAACCCGAGGCAUCAAACCCAGAUGUCUUUGAAUCUAAUCCAACAGAGGUGGCUCCUAGUUUGGAAUGAUCUUGAUAUUUCGAUAUCAAAAACAGACCCCACAUCUUGAAUCCAUUAUCAUCCUCGUAACCAGUUAAAGAAGUGAAAAGGAAACAAAGAAUACUGUGUGAAUUUGUAAUGCCAUAAGCUUUCUAGGUAUGUUAUGAAAACCUUAUUCUAUUGAAUCUAGUAAAGAUUUUGAUUUUGCAUGUCUUA